AUGGCGGUGUGUAUUGGUCAAUUGAUCUUUCUUCUCUCUUCAGGGGAAGCACGAAUCAUAUGCAGGCCACUAGGGGUGCCUGAUGAGAAAGGCUGCAUCCUCAAUAAGCAUGAUGGAAAUGUUUGCUUGGAGGUUCAGAGUUCUGUAUCUAUACCUAUUGGAGUAAUUGACUCUGGAGAGUUAGUAGCUGUUGGGAAAUCUGAGUGGGAGUGCCAGUUGGAGAAGCAACACUUGAAAGCUCCAUCUUCGAUUGACUUGCUAGAUGCCAACCAAUGUGAAGAGUUAGGAAUUCAUGAGGCGUUACCAGUUCAUGCACCCAUUCCUGCUGGACAAGACCCUCCAAAGGAAAUUGUAGCUGUUGUUCGGCCGGCAAAUUUCAGUUACUCCACUGCUCCAAAGAACUUGGAUCAGAAGUACAUUGUCAAAAAUAAAAUGGAAAUGUCAAUGGAAGUCAAAUUCAGUGGCGAUUGUGAUCAAGAAAGUCAUCUUUAUUCAUCUCGCGUGACACCAUCUUGUCAUAGAGGAUUUCACGGUCUAUACAUCUUUUCCUUGCAGCACAAGUCUCAUGAACUAUUUCAGAAAUCUGGUGUAUAUAAAUUUCUGUUUCAUAUGGAUGAGACAAGCUGUAAAAACUAUGAAAAAGAAGUGACAGUUCUUGCAUCUGCUGAGGUUGGAAGGUGGCAACUUGUGGGCUAUGAUAAGAAUGAGCAUCUUAGAGUCAGGGUUGGAUCAUGCUUUCCUCCUUUAGAGGUUGCAUGUUAUGACAUAUAUGGGAACCUCAUUCCAUUCCCAUCAACUCCAAAAGUCAAUUUGCAAUUCAAGAUGGGCGAAGGCAUGUUGAUUUGUGUAAAGAAAACGAAGGCAGGCCUUUCAUCUGACAAAAGGACUCUAAGAAUUAAGGAUAUACUAAUAGAAAGUGGGGAUUUAGAUGUCAUCCGGCCAAACUAUGAGGGCACAAUGCUUUUAUGUCCGCCAGAUGAAUCUUUGUCCAUUUCUAUUCCAUGUAAAGUUAUUCCUGGACAUGUGCGGCGAGUGUUGGCACAUCCAUCCAUGCAAAGUAUCCAAAUGCUUCCUGGGUGCAUAGUACAAGAACUCAAAUUGGAGAUGUUUGAUGCUUAUGGAAAUCAUGCUUUGAAGGGCUCUGAAGUUCUUUUGAAGGUUGAGGGAUUUUCCAUUAAAGAUCAGAUGGGUAAAAAGCACAAGGUGGAUCAUGAUGGAUUUGUUCAUCUCAGUGGCAUGUUGAAAGUUACUGCAGGUUUCAAUCAAAAUGUAUUGCUGUCUGUUAUAGCCGGUGGUGAAGAAAUAUUCAAGGAAGAGCUCCAAACAGAAAAAAGGGAGCUCAGAGUUGCAGAACCAGUGCCUCAGCUUUGUGCGGCUGGUUCCCAACUAGAGAAUUUCGUCUUCGAAAUUGUGGAUACAGAGGGUAAUCUCGAUGAGAAUAUCCACAAUGAUGAGGAAAAUGGCCAUUUUCAUACACUUUCCAUAAAACUGGACUCAUCCGUUACAAAAACAACCACUUUAUAUGCUUUCCGAAAGGGGCGAUGCACUAUUCCUUCUCUUACUGUCCCUCGAGAUGCUGGUUGCUUUAGCUUUUCUGCUGUUCAUUCUCGUCACCGAGAGUUAUCUUUGAGCAUCAAGAUUGGCAUUCAGCCUUCUUCAGAUUUGCAGCAUGAGAUUCAAACCUUAUGUCCAAAUACGAAUAUAAUGAUGCUACAGGACACAUCAACCCCUAAUGAUAUAGGGAAUGUACUUUCCAUCAUCAAGAAUGAGUUGCAGCUAAUGCCCAUCAUCCUCACAUACUUAUGUGGUCAGUUGUGCCUUGUGACUUACAAUUACUGCUCCUCACAGGUUCUUGAGGAAUCUGCUUUGUGCAUUGAACAUCAGGAAAGGGUUCUUGAGGAAACUCGUUCGCGCAUUGAACAUCGGGAAAGGGUACUGAAGUUGCUGCAUGACCGGAAGGUUGAAAUAGAGCAAUCUUUGGUGGAGUUAGGAGAAGGACCACAUGGAAGAUCUAGAGAUGGCAUCAUUGGUGUGGUUGCACUUCUUGGAACAAUUCGCAAUAUUGAGCUUAGCAGGCAAACUAUCACUGACCCUUCUAUCUGA